GCUGCUAUAAGAGGCGCGGCAGGGGUUAGGGAGGGGACUCAGGCGUUGGUGAGAGGUCGGUCUGGUGCUGAUCUCUUGUGUCUGGCGUGUGGUAGGUUGUGGCGCGCGACUGAGCAGCGGGAUCAUGGCGCCGGUGAAGGCCGUGUGUGUGCUGAAGGGAGAGAGCCCCGUGACGGGCGUCAUCAACUUCGAGCAGCAGGAUAAUGGACCAGUAACGCUCUCGGGAAGGAUUACAGGUUUGACUGAAGGAAAACAUGGCUUCCAUGUCCAUGAAUUUGGAGACAACACAAAUGGAUGUACCAGUGCAGGUGCUCACUUCAACCCUAAUGGCAAAAACCAUGGUGGACCACGGGAUGAAGAGAGGCAUGUUGGAGAUCUUGGCAAUGUGAUUGCUAAUAAAGCCGGUGUGGCAGAAGUGUCAAUUAAAGAUUCUUUAAUUUCUCUUACGGGACCGUUUUCUAUUAUUGGACGCACCAUGGUGGUCCACGAGAAAGAAGAUGACUUGGGUAACGGAGGAAAUGACGAGAGUUUAAAAACUGGCAAUGCUGGUAGUCGUCUGGCUUGUGGUGUUAUUGGAAUAGCUAAGAUCUAAAUAUUGACUACUUAGAAGCACUUAAAGUGGAAAUAAGUAGGCUAUAUAGCCAUGUACAUCUCACUGAAAACAUCAAUAUUUUGGCCUUGUUCUGGCAAGCUUUCUUUAAUCUUACUGCUACUUUGUCUGUAUUGGCUAAAACAGUAUAAAGAUUGACUUAAUUUUGUACAAUGUGUACUGCAAUUAAAAUGUUGAUGGAAAUACA